ACAAUCCUUCUAUAUAUAGAGGAGUAUAAUUCCCUGGUACAUUGUUAAUUUUUAUAGGAUAUGUCUCCUUUCAGUCUCUGCAGCGCUCUGUUGGUAACCUGGCUUUCAAGUGCCAUUAAGAAUGCCUUCCUAUCAUCUGCAAGUGUCAUCUUCUGCAGAGAAUUUGCUACAGCUUUGCGAACAGCUAUUAGUGCUUGGACCCGGCCAGCAUCGCUCUGUAGUUUUCCAGCAAUGCCUGGAUUUCUUGUUGUAAUUGUAGGUUAUAGGUUAUUGUUCCAGGGCAACCUAAUGGCUGUAUAUUGAUUUGAGCCUUUAGUAGUCUGUCAGUGUCUUGUUUGUUGCAAUACUUUUCUGAUUAGUUUUCAGCUGAACUUUCAGAACUUCCUGGAGAUUGGCAUUAGUCUCCUUAGGCCUCCUGCGUUUUGUAGGUGGGUGGAGAGAAGCAUAUCCGCCCUGUUCCGCAGCUCUGUGUUGUUGCACUGACAGGAACAGCUUUGGCCUAAGUGCAGAUACACGGAAUUUGCACCAUAAAGAAAUGACAUAAAGUAUGUGGGAUAGUAGCACGGAGGAACUGACGUAAAUAACGAGAUCUGUAUUUCUUCCAAACUGGCCUUUUCAGCAGUUGCCUAGACCAAAUAAGUGGUUCAGUUCACACAAGCCCCUGAUCAGCGUUCUUGCUCUAGAUCCCUAAUUAAGAUGGCACAAGCAGGAGCCAGAAGUGACAGGAGCAAAGAUGGCAGAUACCAGCAACACUACACGGCCUAGGAAUUUUUACUGCAGUAUGGGAUACGGUCAGCUUCCAAUUAUCAGGGCACGCAGAAAAAGAUCUCUGUUGAUGAGUGGUCCACUAUUAUGAGCUUCAUGCCUUGGUUUCCUAUGCUUACUGUCUUGAGUAUGUUUUACUAUAUCUGCCUUCGACGUCGGGCACGUUUAGCUAGCAGAGGGGAAAUGAUCAACAGCCGUCAAGCUAUUGAGUCAAACAGCCGGGCUUUGCCAAUGUCAACUAAAGCUGUGCAGUAUGCCAAAGAAGUGUUGGAUUUUAGCUCCCACUAUGGGAGUGAAAAUAGCAUGUCUUAUACCAUGUGGAAUUUAGCGGGUUCCCCUAAUGUGUAUCCAAGUUCAGGGGAUUUUACUCAAACUGCUGUUUUUAGAACUUAUGGAAAUUUGUGGAGUAAUUGCUCCAGUACUCCAGCACCAUUUAAGAGAACAUCUGUAAACUUCUUCAGUCAGGAUUACGUGGAGCUCGCUUUUGAAGAACCUGUUUAUCCCACAGCAGUUCACAUCCUGGAAACCUACCAUCCGGGGUCGGUGGUGAAGAUUCUUGCAUGUUCUGCAAACCCAUACUCUCAAAGUGCUCCUGCAGAAAUUAGAUGGGAAACUAUUUGGUCUGGAGAACCUACACGGGUGAAUUCCCCCCAGUCUCGCCAAUUCACACCUUGCUUAAAAGAGAUCAGCUUUCCAACAAAUCUUCUUCGCCUAGAAACUAACAGUUCCCUUUUGGAUUAUUAUACUGAGCUGGAUGCGGUGGAACUGCACGGGGUGAAAGAAAAGCCAGUGCUCUUCUUGAAAACUGCUGCCAUUGACAUGAGUGAUCUGGAUGAUGACUAUGAUGACAAAGACAGUUGUGAACUUGAUAGCCUUACAAAUCAGCUGAGUAACACUGGCAUCAGGGAAUGGACAAAUAAUGGCUAUUUUGACAAACUGCCUUAUGAGCUUAUUCAGUUUAUCAUAAGUCACCUCGCACUUCCAGACCUUUGUCGCCUGGCUCAGACCUGCAAGCUCAUGUACCAGCAUUGCUGUGAUCCUUUGCAGUACACUCAUCUUAGUUUACAGCCUUACUGGACAAAUGUGAACGACAACUCGCUGGAGUACUUGCUACCGCGCUGCAGCCUUGUGCAGUGGCUUAACCUGUCCUGGACUGGAAACAGGGGACUUAUCUCUACCUCAGGAUUCAGCAGACUCUUAAAAGUGUGUGGUAGUGAACUAGUCCGACUGGAAUUGGCCUGUGGCCACUUCUUGAAUGAAGCCUGUCUAGAGGUCAUUGCGGAAAUGUGUCCAAACCUUCAGGAAUUAAAUCUCUCCUCUUGUGAUAAACUGCCACCUCAGGCUUUCAGCCAUAUUUGUAAACUCAGUGGAUUAAAACGACUUGUUCUCUAUCGUACAAAAAUAGAGCAAACCGCUCUGCUUAGCAUUCUGAACUUCUGCCCAGAAAUUCAGCAUCUGAAUCUUGGCAGCUGUGUUUUGAUUGAAGAUUAUGACCUUGUAGCAAGUGUUUUGGGGGCCAAGUGCAAAAAGCUACGCUCUUUGGAUUUGUGGAGAUGUAAAAACAUUACUGAAAGGGGAAUAGCAGAACUGGCAUCUGGGUGCUUGCUUCUGGAAGAGCUCGACCUUGGAUGGUGCCCGACGUUACAGAGCAGCACUGGCUGUUUUGUAAAUCUUGCCAGUAAGCUCCCAAACCUCCGGAAGCUUUUUCUCACAGCUAACAGAUCUGUGUGUGACUCAGACAUUGAAGAAUUAGCCAGAAACUGCCAGCAUCUUCAACAGCUAGACAUUUUAGGUACCAGAAUGGUAAGCCCGGCAGCCUUGUGCAAAUUAUUGGAAUGUUGCAAAGAGCUGUUCCUGCUGGAUGUUUCCUUCUGCUCACAAAUCGACAGUCGAGUGGUACAGGAAUUGGUUACUAGAUUUCCCAGUGUCUCCAUCAAGAAGAGUUUCACACAGUAAAUCAAAAGUUGCCUGGACUUUACCAGAGCCUUUUUCUCACUUUUCCUCACUGAUGUUUGGGAAACAUGCACUCCCUGCAAAAGGAAACUACUACCUAAAAAUGUAGUUCUUCCAUCUGUGAUUAUGUGCUUAGUGAAUGCGUAGCCUAAAAGCACUGGAAUCAUUUCACCAACAAGAACAUUAGUCAUAUUUAGAUCAAGUAUGGAUUCUAGGAUUUUUUUUUUUUAUGUAUUUAUUUAUUUUGGUUUCCUCUUAUUUUGAGGCAGGCACAUGAUAAGCCAGGAUUAGUAAUAUGCUUUUUGCAGCACUUUUUUUUAACUUAUUUAUUAUUGGACAUUUGAGGUUCUCAGACUAUGUAGCCAGCCAUCCUAGGGGUCCUUAUAUAUUUCGAUAGAGGGCUUUAGACUGAUGGUGAGAUUUAGGAUGAAAGGGAAUUAGUUUCUCUGGAAAUCAGUUACAAUGUUUCUCUAUACUUUAACCCAUGUUGUGAGAUGAGGACUGGAAUGGUGGCUCAUUUACAGCCUUAGAAACCCCUGGCACUGUAGCAGCUGCUACGGGCUAUACAAUAUUUGACAGAUUUGUUAGAUUAUUUAAGGUAUUUGUUAGAUUAUGAGCUCCGGGAUAUCUGUUUAUAGAUUUAAUCUAAAAAGGCAGAUUUAUUGGUGGUGGCGUUUCUUGCAACUUUGUGAAGACUUAUAGAAAUUGUAUAAAAUAUAUAAGUCACCAUGAGCUACUUAAAAGGCUUCUUCAUUGUUGGUAUUAUAGUAUAAUUAUUAUGUUUUGUCUCCAAACUGUUACACUAGCAAUGACCAGGUUCUGACAGGCUUGCACAACACUGACAAAUACAGUAAAAGGGGAACUUCAGCUCCCAAACCAGAAUUUAUUAAAGAUCCCCACACAACACAGAAAUCCCUAAUAUACCUUCAUAAAGUAUGAAUAAAUACCAUUUUUAUAUGCUGAAAUCCAGCUGCAAAACAGUUCUUCUCUUUCUGCAUCAUUUGAAAUCCUGACGGGGGAGUUGGGGCUAAAACACUGAUGUUACAAAUUGUAACAACUUCCCCACAGCUUAUAGACAGCAUGCAGGAACUACAUAACCCAUAAUUCAUUGUGCUGUGAUGUUCCUUUCCUUAUUGAUAGACUGAAGACAGGCCGAGGACAGUCGAUCCAGAUCAGCAGGAAAACGGGACCAGGCUUAGGUACCUGAUCCAAGCCAUAAUGUUACAUUAAAAAUCAUGAAAAGGCUGCAUAUUUUAUAAUUUAUGUAUAUUGCAAUGUUGCUUGAAAUAUUGUUUACUUUUAAUUUAAAAAAAAAAAAAGCUUAAAUUGUGUUUAGGUGGAGUUCCCCUUUAAUUGUGUAAUUAGUCUCUUGGGCACAUAUCAACAAUUAUCUAUACUUAAAAUGGAUUUUUAUAUUCAAAAUUAUACACACAGAUGUGUUACUAUGCCUAAAUGUAUUUAGCUCUCGGAAUGAUAUAUUUAACAGCUCUUUCCCAAAGAAACAAAAAAAAGUACAUUUUAAAAAUAACCAGUUUAAAAUGGUUUGUUUUUUUUCAUCCCCAAUAUUAAUGUUAAUGGCGGCAGUUGAAAGCAUGCCUCUUCAGAACAGAGUCGGUCAAAUGCUGUAUGAAUGCUUGGAAAGAAUAAUGCUGCUGUUUCCUAUUUUUUUUUCAAUGAUGUUACAGUAUAAAAUCCAAAAUGGUUCAUUUU